AUGGGAAAUUGCAGCUCCUCCGAUUCCGACGUUGCCACGGCCAAGCUUGUUCUUCAAGAUGGGAGGUUGCAGGAGUUCUCUUACCCGGUUAAGGUUUCCUACCUAUUGCAGAAGUAUCCCGCGUCCUUCAUAUGCGACUCCGACGAAAUGGAUUUCGACGACGUCGUUACGGCCAUCGACGAAGACCAAGAGUUGCAACCAGGUCAGCUUUAUUUCGCUCUGCCGUUGAGUCGGUUGAGGCACCCCUUGCAAGCCGAGGAGCUGGCUGCAUUGGCCGUCAAGGCAAACUCCGCGCUCAUGAAAAGCGCCGCCGCCGCCGAUAAAUGUGGCUGCCGCCGUAGACAGAUUUUGUUCUCCGCCGAAUAUGACUCCAAGCGUUUGUCUUCGUCAGUCGGUGGCGGUGGUGGUUCUGUACGUAGGUCAAGGAGAGGAACGACCUUGAGUGUUGGCGGUGGCGUUGGUGGUGGUAGAGGGAAGUUUACGGCGUUGUUGAGUGCGAUACCGGAGUAG